AUGACCACAGUCAGACUUCUUGAUAUGCCCUCACCCUAUCGAGGCCUCGGGGCACGCUGUCCGAGGAGACAGUCUGUGCUGCAGGCCCGGUCUCUGCCAACCGCCAGGAGGAUCGCUGCCUCCCUCGUGGUUUCCAAUCUCAGACUCUGCACUGAAGGCAUGGUCAUGAGCCCAGUUGCUGGAGGUGCAUCCCCCACGCCCCUGCCUGAGCAGCAUGAGGCCUUCGAAGCCACCUGCUGGGGUGUCCCAGAAGACUCUGCUUCCAAGGGAGAGACUUGUACUUUAACCUUGGAGCAUAAGCCCCAGAGCUACAGACCUGCUGAGAAGAGGGACUGUCCUGCAUCCCUUUUAAGGGCCGACCCCUGUCCCGGGGUGGCUGGUGCCGGACUGUCCCGGCCCUCCCCUGGAAUGUGGGCCUCCACCCAGCCCCCUCCAAAACGGCCACCUCCACCCCUCACCUCUCCCCUAGCUUCAGUGGCCUGCUCGACAUCUCCACCUGGACGUCAAAGGCUGUCCAAGGGCCGGGGCCGGCUGCGGCGGCCGCGCCAGUCUCGCUUCAAGACGCAGCCGGUGACCUUCGACGAGAUCCAGGAGGUGGAGGAGGAGGGGGUGUCCCCCAUGGAGGAGGAGAAGGCCAAGAAGUCGUUCCUGCAGAGCCUGGAGUGCCUGCGCCGCAGCACGCAGAGCCUGUCGCUGCAGCGGGAGCAGCUCAGCAGCUGCAAACUGAGGAACAGCCUGGACUCCAGCGACUCCGACUCGGCCCUGUGAGGGGCGCCGCCCGAGGGGGGAACGCGCGCGUACGCGAUCCGCGCGGGGACCGGCGUGCGAACCCCGAGAGAGCCCGCGCCCUGCCCCCGGGGGACCCGCAAGGACCCGGGACCGCCGCCCCUCGCGCACUCGGACUCCCGCCCCGCUGCGAACCGAUCGGUGCGCCCCUCGCCGCGCUCGCCCUGGCCCGGGGACGCCGGGAGCGGGACCGCUUUCCUUGUCCUUGUAAAUGUUUAUUUUUUAACUCUUCCCAGUGCGAACUCUGCUGUGAGUGUGUGCGGGGAGGCGCGCCCGCGCUGAGUUGGCCUCGAGUCGCCAGGGCCGCCCGGGUCGCCGCUCCAUGCCCUUGUCUGUUGGUUUGCAACUCCGAUUUUGCACACCGCUCCACCGUGACCCCCAGCGCACACCCGUUCACACUCACGCCAACACUCUCGCUGAACACUUUUAUAAUUGUUAGGCGUGGCCGUUGGGACUUGGGGCGCAGCGCAGCUGCUGCUGCUGCUGCGUCUGGAGGAUUGAUAUUUAUUUUUGCAUUGAGAUGACUGAAGGCGUUUAUUUAACGAUCUUUUUACCUGGAUAUGUCUGUGAGGCUCCUGAAAGGAGACAAAUAAAGUCAAUAUAUUUGCACAGUGCA